UCAGACUCUAAAGCAAUCGUGGACGGGAACCUGAAGCUGAUCCUGGGUCUGAUCUGGACCCUGAUCCUCCACUACUCCAUCUCCAUGCCCAUGUGGGAGGACGAGGACGACGAGGACGCUAAGAAACUGACGCCGAAGCAGCGUCUGCUGGGCUGGAUCCAGAACAAGGUGCCUCAGCUCCCCAUCACCAACUUCCACCGAGACUGGAGGGACGGGAAGGCUCUCGGAGCGCUGGUGGACAACUGUGCCCCCGGUUUGUGUCCGGACUGGGAAACAUGGGAUCCCAGUCAGCCGGUGGAGAACGCCAGAGAGGCCAUGCAGCAGGCGGACGACUGGCUCGGAGUUCCACAGGUGAUCGCUCCAGAGGAGAUUGUCGACCCAAACGUGGACGAGCACUCUGUGAUGACGUACCUGUCUCAGUUCCCUAAAGCCAAACUGAAGCCCGGCGCCCCCUUAAGGGCAAAGACUCUGCACCCGAAAAGAGCCAAAGCUUUCGGACCUGGUAUCGAACCUCGAGGGAACACGGUUCUGAAACCGGCGGAGUUCCUGGUGGAGACGGUGGAGGCCGGACUGGGUGAGGUUCUGGUUUACGUGGAGGAUCCAGAGGGACACACGGAGGAGGCUCGAGUCAUCCCCAACAACGACAAGAACAGAACCUACUCUGUGGUCUACCUGCCCAAAGUGGAGGGGCUUCAUAAGGUGAAGGUGCUGUUCGCUGGGCAGGACAUUGAUAGAAGUCCCUUCAUAGUGAACGUUUCCAAGGCGAUGGGCGACCCGAGCAGAGUCCAGGCCCGCGGGCCGGGGCUGCAGACGAUGGGGAACGUGGCCAACAAGCCGACGUACUUCGAUAUUUACACAGCAGGGGCGGGAGCCGGAGACGUGGGCGUCAUCAUUGUGGACUCUAACGGUCGCAGGGACACAGUGGAGAUUGUCCUGGAAAACAAAGGGGACAGUAUUUUCCGCUGUACCUAUGUUCCCAUCCUGGAGGGGGCGCACACCGUCUACGUGACCUUUGCCGGGCAGCAGAUUCCCACAAGCCCUUUCACUGUCCACAUUUCUGAGGGUAGGUGUCACAGAGCGCCGGUUCAGUUCUGCUGGAGUCUGAAGGUUCUGAUGUUGAAACUGAAACCAGGAGGAUUUUAUCAGGUCACAUUCAAAAACAGUUUUUAUUUUAUGUCUGAGACGUUCAGAUUUUCUUUUCAUCAUCUAAUACUCAGAAGAUUGAAGUUGACCCCCCCCCCUCCUGUAACAUCCUGGUUUUAAAUGAUCGUAUGAAACAUGAAGCUCAGUCUGGAUCUGACUGGAUCGUCGCGCCUCAGUUCUUGUGUUUGAUUGGUUUCUAUGU